GGUACUCCCAUCAUCAAUAACACAACACAAGGCCGGGGCACGCGGAUCAACAGAUGACAAAACAAGUCGUGCGAGACACAAAGUGAAAUCCACCGACGAUUUUUCCAAACACUAAUUUCCAGUGGAGACCACGCGGUCGGGACGGUGUACGAGGACGAGUAUCCGACAAUUGUAUUUCUCUCAAACACGGACGUGCAACAUGGUCCUGCCCUGGUCUUCUCUUUUUCUUCUCAUCAGUGGAUUCAUCAAUCCCCGAAUAUUCCGCACGUAUUCCACGGGUAUUCCACGGGUACCUCCGUAUCACUCUCGCUUCAUCGGUUCCCGACAUUCCACUUGCCGUCGUCUCCAACUUCCAAACACACGGCCGAAGAAAAAGGGUCAGUUCCCAAGAAAUUGGCCGGGAAUCUGCAUUGCUCGCUACACCACAGCAAGUGGCAGAUUACGUGAUGAUGACAAGAAAAAAGGGGGCCUCCACGGUCACCACCACCACCACUGGACGAGACGGACGCACUCAUCAAAAAAACAGCAAAGGGAAAUCGCGAAACCGAGCUUAUUCCGGAGCGGCGCCAAGCCUGUCUCGACCCCUUGGCCGGGGACCCCCCUAGAUCGGAUUCGACGGGAUGGACACCAGAUGGAGCGAAGAUGGAGCACUCUAAACACCAGCCAAGAAAUGCCUAGUCUCGGUCCGAGCUAUCCCAGGCGUUGCAAGCGUUGCAAGCGUUGCAAGCGUCGCAGCAAAAUACGAAAUAAAUGUAUACGUAGACCUAAACUAAUGCGUACGUAGACCCCCCCACAUUUUAUCGCUGAGUAAGCCUAGCCUAGCCGCCCAGCCGCGCCAGUAAAUGAGGCUACCAAAUUAAGACCUGCGCAUUAUUAGAUUUACGUCUUUUACGUAUUCUUUUUAUAUGAAAGUAUUUAGAGUUAUUAAUUUAGUUAAUUGUUUAUUGUUGAGAG